GCACCGGGGGCUUCCUUCCGCGCCCGUCCCGCGGGUUCUCGUCCCCGCCCCUCAGGGCUCCGUCCGCCGCCGCCAUGUUCCGGGGCCGCAGCGCUUGGUUCUCGCAGAGCGUCAGCCCCGGCCAGCGGGAGCUGUGGGCGGCCGGUGGUGGGGAGUACACCCGCUGGCAGGAUGCUGAGUACCUGUUCAGCAGCGACGCCGCGCACCCGGACACCCGCAGAAUACAUGAGAGCCUCAGUUACCUGGAGGGCAGAGCCACGGUGUUCCACUCCUCUUACCUCUCUGCAUGGGCCAACAGCAGUGCAGAAGAGAAGAUGUCAGUGGCUCUGGGCCACUUUGUCCUGCCACCUGCUUGCCUGCAAGAAGAAAUCAGAAGGCAGAUUGGUUGUUUUAUCUGGGAGCAGGCGGACGGGUCACUGGCAGAACAGCGCAACAGGAAUCUGACGGACAGACCUGAGACAGCGGGAACAGGCGGGGAGGAGGAAGAGGAUGAGCACAUGCUAGACCCGACGCAAAGCAGCGAAGAAGAAACAGACCCCACAGCACCUGAGGGGGAAUGUCCACACCGUGCCCUGCAUGAGUACCCAACAAAUAACAUGGUGACAGGCUACGCCGCUGCUCGGGACAUGAGGAAGUACGUUGGGGAGAUCCACGAUUUCAUUCCCGGCACCUCGGGCUACAAGGCGUAUUGGGUUAAACAAAAGAUCAACCUUUCUGGUGACAUGAAGACCCGAAUGAAGAGGAAACUCUAAGUCACAGGUGGCUGUUCAUGUCAAGAACUCCAGUAAGAGCUGCCAGAGGUACCAGUUAUGUUUGGAAUGUCAUUCCCAUGGUUAAACUGCAGGGAUGCCUCCUUGCUCACUCCCUCCUGUGGAUUAAUGGUUAUUUCACCUGUCAGUCUGUUCUGUGUCUGGUGGUUCUGAACUGUC